AUGCGCGACUUCGAUGGGCGCUGCCCCGCCGGGAUCCGCCACUACGACGACGGCCGGGGGCUGGAAGUCGUAACUGGAAAGGCCUCCAUCUCCAGCCGGACGAACAUCUGCCGCCUUCCUCCGCCGCCCGGGGCGCGGCGGCGGGCGGUCGGGGGCGGGGGCGUCCUCACGUCGUCGAUGACGUCGUCGUCGUCGUCCGGUCCAGCGCCGUGGCGGGCCGCCGAUGCGGAGGCGAAGCGGCGGCGGAGGGUGGCGGGAUACAAGGUCUACACGGUGGAGAGCAAGGUCAAGUCCUCGAUCCGCAAGGGCCUCCGGUGGGUCAAGGGCCUCGUCCGCGGCUGGUGA